GCCGAGCCCAGAGCCCGCACCGCAGAAUCGGCGGUGGCUAAAGGGCUGUAUGUUGUUUUCCGGCGGCGUGGCUGGUCCUGGUGGCUCGGGGAGCGCGGAAGUUCAGAUAACCCAGCGUGCUACCUGCAGUCUGCCAUUUCAAGGCCUCCUUUGAGAUCUGUGCCUUAGUUCUGCCCAGCACCUUAGCUCACCAUGGGGAAUCAUUUGACUGACAUGGCGCCCACCCCCUCCUUUUUGCCCCACUUCCAAGCCCUGCACGUUGUGGUCAUUGGGCUGGAUUCGGCUGGAAAGACCUCCCUCCUUUACCGUCUCAAGUUCAAGGAGUUUGUUCAGAGCGUCCCCACCAAGGGCUUCAACAUGGAGAAGAUCCGGGUGCCUUUGGGGGGAUCCCGUGGAAUCACCUUCCAAGUGUGGGAUGUUGGGGGUCAGGAGAAGCUGCGACCACUGUGGCGAUCCUACACCCGCCGGACAGAUGGACUGGUGUUUGUGGUGGACUCUACAGAGACUGAGCGGCUAGAGGAGGCCAAGGUGGAGCUCCACCGUAUCAGCAGGGCCUCGGAUAACCAGGGGGUGCCGGUGCUGGUGCUGGCCAACAAGCAGGACCAGCCCGGUGCUCUGAGCGCAGCCGAGGUGGAGAAGAGGCUGGCUGUCCGAGAGCUGGCAACUGCCACGCUGACCCAUGUGCAGGGCUGCAGUGCUGUGGAUGGGCUGGGCCUGCAGCCAGGCCUGGAGCGUCUGUACGAGAUGAUCCUUAAGAGGAAGAAGGCUGCCCGGGCAGGCAAGAAGAGACGGUGACCCAAGGCUGCCCCUUCCUACCUACUAGGGGUCAGUACACAUGGAUAGUCAGGCAGGGCAUGUGACCCUUCAGCCUGGGUGCUGGACCUGUCCACCUCAAAGGACUGAGGAGCAUGGGGGUCCUGUUUUGGUGCCACAAAGGGGGAGGGGAUGGGAGAGGAGGUGUCUUUCAGCGCUCCAUCUUCACCUCUAGAGUCAUAGGGACUGCAAGACAUCAGACUUAAAUGUAAAUGCUGACUCUACCUCGGCCCUGGCCCUCCUUUUCCUUCCGUUUUGUUUGGAUUGUGUAUUUUUUUUGGUCUGGGGAGGGUGUGUAGAAAGCUGUUUAGAGAAUAUUUGGGAUGAAUGAGAACCAUCUCCACAUUUGGGGGCGACCGCAGCUGCUCUUCUAGGAACUCAGUCACAGUAAUCUUUAUUGUUGUGUCUGUGUGGAAGUGCCAAGACUCCCUCCUCACAUUUGUAGAUCCACAGUACUUUUUAUAAGCCGUGUAUGUCCUCUGUAUUAUUAUUAACUAAUUUUUUUAGCAUUUACCUGUAAGUUAUUAAAGUUGGAUGAUUCUGGCUC